AUGGCAGCAAAAUAUCCUUCAUCGAUUGAUCAAGAUAGUCUUUCAUUUCAUAGAUUUCUUCAAUUAUGCCCCAAAGAUCAACAAAAUCCUGGUUCAUGCCGUUUACUUGGAUGUAAUGAUCUUCAUAUGUGUGCUGAAUAUUUAUUGACUAGUAAAUGUAAACAAUUUGAAUUAUAUGGAAAAUGUUUACAUUCUCAUUCAUUUUUUACUGCACAUAAUCAAAAAAUUCUUGAAAAAAAAUAUCGAUUAUCACUAACAGAUGAACAUCUAUUCGAAAAAGUAUCCAAUAUGCUUCAAAUUUCAAUGGCAGAAAAACUUCAUUCGGCAGAUAAAAUACCAAAAAAAUUACAUUUAUCUUUCGCUAUAAAAAAUGAUCACGAUAAUCAUAAAUAUGUAAAUGUACAGCCAAAUAGUAUCGCUAUUGGACGUGGUCAUAAUGGACUAGCAAUAUAUAAACAUUCACCUGAACCAUCAUCUUCAAGAGGAAUACCACUUUCAUUAUCGAAUCAUCAUCAUCUAUUACCAGCACUUGAUAAAAGAAAUACUCUUACUCCACGUUCAUUACCACCAGAUAAACCAAGCCUGUUCGAAAUAUGGAGAUCAAAAUCAAUAGAUCUUUCUUCACAACCAAAAUCUACUAUGACUUCUCGGAGUCUACAUGUAAAUUCUGAUGAAGCCGAUCGAUCAGCUUUGACAAGUCAUUUUACAAAUGGAUAUACAAAAGCUCAUAAAAAGGAACAUCUAUUAUCAUCUAGUAGUAUUAAAGAUGAAAGAGUCGAUAGUUCUCGAGAAGCAAAAUCGUUUGCACCAUUUUCUUUUAAUACUUAUCAACAUAAAAAAGAAAAAAAUUCACCUGCAAUAAAUUCACAUGCUUCACUUAAACUUGAACCACAAAUAAAAUCAAUUUUUGCUAAAUAUCAUAAAAAUGAUGAAUUAUGUUUUCUUCAUGGUCCUGCUCGACGUCAUCUAGUUGAACAUGAUAAUUUUCAAAUAUCUCCAUCUGGUUAUUAUCGAUUUAGAAAUUUCGAUGAAGAAAAACGAAUAGAGAAAAGAUUAGAUUCAAUUUUAUCAAGUAAAUUAGAUACACAUCUUGUUCAACUUCCUACAGAUGAAGUUGCAUUGAUUAUUUUUACACCUACUGCUGAAAGUUUUUUUGAAGAAAUUCAACUCAAUUGUGCUAUUAUCUCUCAGACAUAUCGAUUUUCUUUUGAUAUUGAAGUAAUAUAUCCGCCAACUGCUGAUCAAAUGAAUGCAUUAUUUAAAACUCCAGCAAGUGUAAAUGGUAAAUUUCAUGUAACUGAAACUCAUUCAUCAAUCGAUGUCGUCUAUGGAAAUAUAGCCCAUACACAGGUUGAUAUGAUGGUAUGUGUAACAACAUCUGCUACAUUAUUGAGUAGUGUUAUUGCUCAAGCUGGUUCAAAAGUAAAAUCAGAAUAUGAAGAACGAGCUAAAUGGGAUAGCACAAUGCUUCUUGAUGGUGGUAAUACAUCAGCAAGAAAAAUUUUUUUCAUUUCAUGGGAAUUAGAAGUUCGUUCAGCGAAUAUAAUGCAAGCUCAACUAUCAUUAUCAGGAUUAGUCAAACGAUGUAUUGAUGAAGCAUGUCGAUUAAAUAUGAAAUCAAUAUCUUUUCCAUUAAUAGGAACUGGAGAAAUAGGUCUUAGUACAGCUAAAGUUUGUGAAGCAAUGGUUGGUGCAGCAAGUGAACGUUUACAUAGAUGUACACUUGAUGUAAUAUUUGUUAUUUAUUCAUCUGGUGAAAAUAAAUAUAAAAAUAAUUCAUAUCAAAUAUUUCGAACAUAUUUAAAUGAUCUUCGUAAGCAAAAACUCAAAUCAAUGGGGCCUGAACGUUCAUCUACAAUUCCUAUUGCAUCAUCUGCAUUAGUUCCUAUUCCAAAAAGUCAAUAUAUUCGUCGAAUUGCAUUAUGUAAACAUAUAGCAACUAUAUCAAGUGGAAUAGAUAUAGUUUCAGCUCAUAGAUUCUUAGUAACAUCAUUAGAAAAAUUAAUUGUACAAAAAACAUACGAUCUUUUUCAUGUUCAACCAGUAUUUACUAAUCAAAUUCAAUUACUGAUUAAUGUAUGUCUUAAAUAUCAAGUACUACCAUUUAUUAAUUUUCCAACAGGUGAAUUAAUACUUCGCGGUGAUCGUGAAUCAUGUUCACAAUGUUUUGCAAAUAUUCGAAAACCGAGAUUGAUUUCUAAAUAUAGUAUAUUAUAUGCAAAUGGACAUAAAUCUGAAGAGAUGAAAUUAAAUACUUAUGUCUCAUUGAAAAUUGAUGAAGCCCGAUCAACUAAUGAUUCUAGACUUCGUAUUCAAGAUGAUGGAAGAAAUACAUUUGAUUUUGAUUUAAAAACAUUGAAGGCACAUGUUAAUGGAGAUGUACAACCUGCUACACUUCAUAUGAAACAAUUAAAUAUUGAUUUGAAAACUGUUCCACCAACAAAUUGGUCUAGAUCUCCAUUAAUGAUACGAACAAUAGAAAUAUCACAUUCUUUAUUUACUUCAAUGGAAUGUGUUCGUCUGUUUGAAGAAACAAUGCCUCGAUCAUCAUGGCAUAUUGAACGAAUUGAUACUAUUGAAAAUUGGCCAUUAUAUGUUCACUAUAUUAGAAAAAAAGAUGAACAAGAACUAUUAGUAUUUCAUGGAUGUUCAUAUUCAUCUGUUCAAUCAGUAAUUCAUUAUGGUUUACAUUCAAUACAAGAUUCAAUUUGUUUAACUCGUGAUGCAUUGAAUAGUCAUAUUUAUGGUGCUCGUCGUUCAUCCGAUGGAAAAUAUUAUAUGUUCGUUGUUCAUUUAUCAAAGAAAAUGAUUGAUCAAGAACUUUUUCAUAUAUCAAAUAAGGAUGCUCAUUUAGCUUUUCCAACACAUUUAAUUGUGUACAAACAAUAA